CGAGUACGGAUUCUUGGGAUUUUCUAUAGUGAACGAAAUAAAAACUGUUUUUGGUCAAGGAAUCGGUGAUGCCUACAGAAGUUGUAUAAUUUAUAAAUCCAGUGAUAAUAGAAAGUUUAAAAUCGAUUGUAGUGCGGAACACUUGGAGAUCAGGAUAAAUGCCUGAAAAUUUUUGAGAUUGUUUUCCUGCUGAAAUAAAAAAAAUAAAUUCAAAUUUUCCUCCUGUUUUUUGAACGAAUAUGAUGGAGCUGCAAUUUUUCUUAUCAGCUAAUGUUGUUUUCGUUCACACCUCUCAUUUCUUCCUCGUUCAACUAAAACUUUGUUAUUACUAUUUAAAAAUAUCACUUGUUAGCAAUUUUGAUUUUUUCUUACCGAAAUGCCUAUAACUUUGCAAAACAGUGAAAUUGCUCUGAGAGCAUGUAUUCUCUACGAAUAUUUUGAUAAUCAACCAAUUGAAACUUCUUAUAAGAAUUUUUGUGGGAAAGUUGGAGCAGGAGCUAUGAGCUUUCAGGAAUUUAAAUUUUGGUUUGAACGUUUUCAAAGCGGGAAUCAUGAUAUGGAUGAGAAACUGGAAAGCAAUAAUUUGCCCCAAGUUAAUCCGGAACCAUUUGAAUUUCCUAGUUUAUCAGAUAUUCCAGAGAAAAUAUCAGAAAAAGCAUGGUGCAUACGUUUUAUCAACUUCAUGAAUGGCGUCAUUCCGAAGCCAGAGUCAAUUUCAAUUUGUGAACUGCCUCCGAAAAUCUUGAAAAUGGUUUUUGAAAAGUUGGAGUCAAUAGACAGGCUAAAGAUUCGAAAAGUCUCUAGACUCUUACGCAGUGCAAUUUCUCAAAACUACAUUGGUUUCAAAGAAAUCAAAAUUGAAGUGAAAAAUGAUUGGAUAUGUCUGCAUUUAGACGAUUUUGUCAUUUAUUAUGGAAAUCUAUCGGACUCAUGUUCUGUUAACUUCAAAAGGUGUAAAACUAUAAUUGGAAACUCUGACUAUAUGGCUUUGACACUGAUGGAUUUGGCUGCUCUACUAAAUUGUCCAAAAAUUAUCUUGGAAACUCUUCAAUUAAAUUUACCAAUUGAAUUAGAUACUGUUAAUCGUGUUGGUUUCUUCAUAUCUCUACAAAAUAUUUUGCACACGGUGAAGCAAAUUUCUACGAAAAAGAUUAUUCUUGAAGAGCUAUAUGGAGAUGAGGCGGUGUCAUUUAUCAAAUGCUUUGAAGCUGUGGAUCUGGAAGAAAUAUAUUUACAACGGGUUUCGGAGACAAAAUAUCCAUUGAAAGAAAUUGUGAACUUGGAGCAGUUCAAAAGAGCACGAUGUUUUGUUGCUCGAGGUACAAGCUACUCAAUACCAACGGAGCAUUUAUUCAAAAAAUUGACUUAUUUUGAAAUUCAAGUAGCGGUUUUUUCAAAACAAGAUGCCGUAAAUAUCAAGAAAAUGCUCUCCAACUCUCCCAACCUGCAAAGCUGUUGCUUUCAUUUUUCCCGAUCUGGAAUUACAGACCUUGCGACCGUAUUUCAUCCUGGUCACGUCGGUGGUGAAUAUGCUAAUUUGAUUUAUAAAACUUAUAAUAACAUCAAGUUCGUUAUCAAUAUUUGUACAAAAUGCUUCAAAAUCACGAGGAAAUAA